AUGGCUUCAUUAGGUAUCAACGGUUUUGGACGUAUUGGACGUAUUGUCCUCCGUAACGCUCUCGAGCACGAAGACGUAAACGUCGUUGCCGUCAACGACCCUUUCAUUGACCUCGAGUACAUGGCUUACAUGUUCAAGUACGACUCCACCCACGGCAAAUUCAACGGUGAAGUUUCUCACAAGGACGGCAAGCUCAUCGUCAACGGCAAGGCUAUCACAGUCUUCUCCGAGAGAGACCCUUCAGCGAUCCCAUGGGGCAGCGUCGGUGCUCAAUACAUUGUCGAGUCAACCGGUGUCUUCACCACCAUUGAGAAGGCCAGCGCCCACUUGAAGGGUGGCGCCAAGAAGGUUAUCAUCUCAGCUCCAUCUGCGGAUGCUCCUAUGUACGUCGUUGGCGUCAACCUCGACUCAUACGACCCAUCACAAACUGUGAUUUCAAACGCUUCAUGCACCACAAACUGUCUCGCUCCAUUGGCAAAGGUUGUCAACGACAAGUUUGGCUUGCAAGAAGGUUUGAUGACCACUGUUCACGCCACCACUGCAACUCAAAAGACUGUCGACGGUCCAUCAGGAAAGGACUGGAGAGGCGGUCGUUCAGCUGGCCAAAACAUCAUCCCAUCCUCAACUGGUGCCGCUAAGGCCGUCGGCAAGGUCAUCCCAUCCCUCAACGGCAAGCUCACCGGUAUGGCUUUCCGUGUGCCAACCGCUGAUGUCUCCGUUGUUGACUUGACCUGCCGUCUCGAGAAGCCAGCUUCAUACGAAGAUAUCACCAAGGCCAUCCAAGAGGCCUCUGCUGGUUCUCUCAACGGAAUCCUCGGCUUCACUGACGAGCAAGUUGUCUCAAACGACUUUAUCGGCGACAAGAGAUCAUCCAUCUUCGACAAGAACGCUGGUAUCUCCCUCAACCAAAACUUUGUCAAGCUCGUCUCAUGGUACGACAACGAAUACGGUUACUCUCGUAGAGUUGUUGACCUCUGUGCUUUCGCUGCCAAGGCUGACGCUAAGGCUUAA